AUGCGUGUGUGUGUCAAGAUAGCAAGUUUCCUCCUCGCCUUAAAUCUGUACUGCCAGCCACUGCGAGCGCAGGAUCCCUCCUGCUGCCAACAUGCUGUUCAGCGGCCAACUUGCAAAGAAGCCUGCGACCAGCUCGCCACCAUCAAGAGUGAGUCACACCUGAAACAUCUGCUCCAGAGGUUACCCAGCUACUGCUCCGAGUCCAUGAAUGAACUUUGGAUGUGCAUCAACUCCACACUUCCUGGAGUGUCCAAAAAGUCCGAUGGCUGGGUGGGGCUGGGCUGCUGUGAGCUGGCCAUCUCAUCAGAGUGUCGCCGUGAAUGCAAACAGGCAUCAUCUAAAAACGACAUCACGAAAGUCUGCAAAAAGGUUACAGAAAAUUCCCUCUACAGCUGCAUCACCAAAAAUGAAAUGGGGUCGUCCUGCUGCAGCUUUGCCGGGCGCCACACCACCUGCCGGGACUACUGCGAGGCCAUCUUCCGGACGGACUCCACCCCCACCGAGUCCCAGAUCAAGGCCGUCAAAGAGUACUGCCAAAGCCACAGCCACAAGGUGGUGGACUGCGUCAACAACUUCACCAUGUCCUACCCCCCCCGCAGCCCCAUCGACAGCCUGUACUGCUGUGACCGGGCCGAGGCCGCCAAAUGUCAGAUCGCCUGUCGGAAGAUCCUGCGCACCAUGAGCACGGAGCACGAGAUCAUGGACGGGCUGAUCCGGGAGUGCGGCUCCCAGCCCCUCCCCCAGGACCCCAUGUGGCAGUGCUUCCUGGGCAGCGCCAACCCGCCCUCCCCGCCCGAGGAGGUCCCCCCCCUCCCCACCAAGAUCGACGGCGCCAAGCUCCACUGCUGCUCCAAAGCCAACACCUCCCUGUGCAGGGACAUGUGUCAGAAGAUCAGCACCCACUGGGGGAGCCAGACGUGGCAGGACUUCGACCAGCUCUGCGAGUACAACCCGGUGGAGGCGGAGCUUAUCAACUGCCUGUCGGACGUCCGGGAGCCCUGCCAGCUGGGCUGCAAGGAGCUCAGCUACUGCAGCAACUUCAACAACAGGCCCACAGAGCUGUUCCGAAGCUGCAACGUCCAGUCGGACCAGGGAGCCAUGAACGACAUCAAGCUGUGGUCCAACGGGACGAUCAAGAUGCCGUUCAUGAACAUCCCCGUGCUGGACAUCCGGAAGUGUCUGCCGGACAUGUGGAAGGCCGUGGCCUGUGCCCUGCAGAUCAAGCCCUGCCACAGCAAGUCCAGGGGCAGCGCCAUAUGCAAGUCCGACUGUGUGUACAUCCUGACCCAGUGUGGGGACAGGAAACGCUUCCAUGAAGGACAAACCCCGGAGAGGAUCUGCGAGCUGCUGUCUCCCAUCGAUGACCCUGAGCGCUGCAUCCCUCUGCAGAGAUACCUCUUGCCCAGUUCCCUUGGUAACGCCAUUAUUGAGGAGGUCAUCCACCCAUGCAACCCCAACCCAUGUCCCAGCAACCACCUAUGCCAGGUCAACAGGAAGGGCUGCCUGGAUAAGCUGAACUGUCUGCCCUACCUCUGCGUGCCCGGCUGCAAACUGGGCGAGGCGUCCGAGUUCCUGGUGCAGCAGGACUCCCGCAUCCAGGUCCCGGCUCACGCCGCCCCCCCCGGCUGCUACGAGGUGUGCGGCUGCGGCGCCAGCGGGCGGCUGGAGAACUGUGUGGAGAUGCCCUGCGUGGACACCAGCAAGCCCUGCAUCGUGGAGGGCCAGAGGAGGAACCACGGCACGUCCUUCAGGACGGACUGCCACACCUGCUCCUGCUUCGCCGGGGAAACCGUCUGCUCCUCCAGGAGGUGCUCCGCCAGCCACUACGCGGAGGAGGACCACCAGCAUUUCACCGGCCCCCCGUGUAACUGCCCGGACCACUUCAUCCCGGUGUGUGCGCAGAAUGGCCGCACCUACCCCAGCGGCUGCGUGGCCCGCUGCAUGGGCUUUAAGGACAACCAGUUCGUGUUCGGCCAGUGCCGCCUCAGCAACCCCUGCACCAACAAGACCUGCCCCAGAAACCAGAGGUGCAUCCCAAAGCAUCGUGUGUGUCUGAGCAACUCGUCGGACUGUCCGCAGUACGAGUGUGUUGGCCGGCCGGCGGCGUGCGACCGGAACCGUCUGGAGCCGGUGUGUGACGCCGAGGGCCUGACCCACCUCAGCCUGUGCCACCUGCAGCAGGCCGGGAAGACUCUGGCCUACACGGGCCAGUGCCAGGAGGCCUGCAGGAAGCCGCAGAGGGUCUGCGGCCACAACGGGGAGACCUACAGCACGGUGUGUGAGGCCUUCUCCGACCGCGUGGCCGUGGACUACGAGGGCUCCUGCCGCACCGUGGGCUCUCUGACCGACACCGGCCCCGAGCUGGCCUGCAGCUCAGUGUCCUGUCCAAAGAUACCCACCCCGGGCUGCCACCCCAUCACCCCGCCCGGAGCCUGCUGCCCCAUAUGUGCCAGCAUGCUGCAGAUCCUCUGGAGCCAUAAGCAGAUGAACACUUUCUCAAAGCUGAAUAAGAACCGGCCGGUGACCACCCGCAGCGUCCUGCAGAUCCUGCGGCUCCACGUGUCCGUGCCCCAGUGUGACGUCUUCGGCUACCUGAGCAUCGACCACCAGCUGGUGGUCCUCAUCGUGCCGGUGGACCACCAGCCCACCCCUCUGCAGAUUGAAGCCUGCAGUAAGGAGGCGGAGAAGAUCGAUGCCCUCAUCAACUACGCCAGCCCCACCCUGGUGUCCCACGUGCCGCUGUCCGCCUUCCUCAGCUCCGACAUCAGGACCGCCUUCAUCCGGUCAGCCGGGGCCCCGCUGGCCCCCCCGCUGGCCCCGGGCCUGGUUCUCCUGCUGGCCCUCCUCAUUACAGCCAUCCCCGGCCUCCCGCAGCUUUAAGGCCCCACCCCCCCGCUCCGGUCCUCCUCCCCGGGGGCCCGCCGUGACAAUCAACCCCUCCGAAUCACCCGCGUUUUAACAAUCAAUCUGGUGGAAAAGCUAUUAUUAUUAUUAUUAUGGAGAGCUUUGGUAUGAACAGUGUUAAUUGUGUUGGUUUCCUCCCCGGGCUUUCCUCCGGCGGAGUGUGUGAGUGUGUGAGUGUGU